UUGGGGGGGGGGAGGGGAGUGCGCCCCUUCUGUUCUAUCAGAAAGCAAAGAGUUGCAAGCCAGUUAUAACACAUUCCUGUAUCUCUCUCCCCCUCUCUCUGCAAAAACCUCCUCGGGCUUCUCUGACUCCGGCGCACGGGCGCCGCCGCAAGCCGGACGCUCCGCUCCGAUCGCUGGAGAGUGGAUCCCUUCUCCUUCUCCGCUCCACACUCUGCGAGCCCCGCAACUCCUUCACGUGAGCAACGCCUUCAGCCUCGCGCGAGCGCCGGCUGGCGGACCGCUGCGCUCCAGCCUCCUCGUCUGUGCGCCUCAGCCACCGGCAGGAGCUCUGCAGGAAAAGAAGUGUGUAUUCGCCAUGGUUCACUUCAAGAAUAGGUACAUGGUGAUGGAGGUCUUUAUAGAUGCAGGUAGAGGCAAACAAGACCCUGUCAUCCUCACCCAGUUUAAUAUAACCAAAGUCAUAAGAGACAGCAUUCAGCUGAACUUUGGGGAGUGUGGCCUAGCUGCAUCUCUUGGAUCAUUGCAGGUGAAGUAUGUUAAUCCUGUAACAAAGCUUUGCAUUAUCCGUGUGUCAUGUGAAGACCACCAGAAGGUUUGGGCUGCUAUAACAAUGGUGAGGUGCAUUGGGAAAAUACCUGUAUCAUUCAACCUGCUUGACAUGAGUGGAAGCAUCAGGGCUUGCAAGAAAGCUGCACUUGAGUGCGAUGAAGCAAAAUUUGAACAAUACAAGUUGGCUGCUGGUGACCGUGUCACACCAGAGAUCAUCCAGUCCGUACAGAGCUGCUUUGAGAAAAUUAGAGGACUAGAGAGCUGAUUUCUAUGUCCUCUCCUAUUUUUAUUUUUUACUUUCUCUAGAUGAAAGAAAAGAAUGAAAUGGCAAAUUGAGUGUGGAUAUAACAUUGAGCUCACAACUUAUGGCAUGAACAGAAGGAACUAUUAAGGUGUCAAUGUUGUUGCUGUACAUGUUCUACUGUGUCGCUGAAGAGGGUGAUGAGGCGUAGCCACUUCAACCUCAAUGUCUUGUGUAAGCCUCGUGUUUCUGGAAAGCCAUGUGUGGACGCCAGUUCUGCAUUAGUCUAGCCUGGCUAGGCCUGACCGGCUACCAAAUACGAGUUGGGUGGCUUAUGGGGAUUGGACAAGCAACCUAACACAUCCAUGUAUUUCUUUCUUUCGAGGCCACUACAAACUUUUGAACUUUUCAAUUUAUAAUUACAAGUUCUUAAA